UCGUGAAACGGUUAGCGGACAACAAGUAGCUCACUAUCUCCGAUUUAGUCAAGAAGUUAGAUUGUCGACGGUGUUGAAAAACGGGCCCCAGAAUGCCAGAUUGUAACUCGAAUUGUUAAUGUAUUCGACUGUUUCGGGCUCGAGUUGACAUCGAAUUUUUAUAGAGACGUCGGGGAAUCAUUUUUCAAGAGAAGCUAAUUUUGGCCCAAUUUGGAACCUUAUGUGAUCUGCACCAUUUAAUCAAAGCCAGUGAUCUGUAACUUCAGCCCCAUCCCAUCAUCAUGAAUCCAGAGUCGUAUGCCGUUUGCGAGAAGCUGAUCCCGCCCACCUACGUGCAGCAAGGCAGAGAAUCUCGCAGGGUUCGAGAGAACAAAGUUAGGCAUCUUCUGGAGCAGAGGAAAUGGCCGGAGGACAGCUGGGACGAGGAAACCAUCGAGCUUCUCCUUCGAGAGCUCUCUGUAAUGGACAGCAAUAACUUCCAAGGGAACUGCGGAGUGGGAGAGAGGGAAGGCCGUGUUGCUUCGGCAGCAGUCGGGAGAAGGCAUUAUGGUUUAGCUCAUGGCAUUGGGCGAUCCGGAGACAUCACAGCCAUCCAACCGAAGGCUGCUGGUUCAAGUAUCCUGUCAAAACUCACCAACUCUAUGGCUCUUGAUGUUCUACACAUGGCAGGAGUUAGGAGUGCAGCUUCAUGCUUUGUAGUUCCGAUGGCGACAGGUAUGAGCCUCGUCCUUUGUUUCCUGACACUAAAGCAGCAAAGACCUAGAGGACGAUUCAUCAUCUGGCCUCGCAUCGACCAAAAAUCCUGCUUCAAGGCUAUUGCAACGGCAGGGUUUGAAUCCAUUGUCAUUGAGAACAAGCUUGAAGGAGAUGAACUUAGGACGGACAUCGAAGCUGUGUCUGCAAAGAUCAAAGAGCUUGGAACUGAUGAAGUCCUUGCAGUGUUCUCUACAACAAGUUGCUUUGCUCCGCGGGUUCCGGACAGACUUGAAGAACUCGCAAUGCUCUGCAAGGAGAAGGAUAUCCCUCAUGUCGUCAACAACGCCUAUGGUGUCCAGUCGUCAAAGUGCAUGCACUUGAUACAGGAAGCAUCGCGGGUAGGCAGAGUGGACGCCUUUGUGCAAAGCACCGAUAAAAACUUCAUGGUACCAGUUGGUGGUUCCAUCAUUGCAGGGUUCAAUCGAGAGUUUAUUGACAAGGUCGGGCAAACGUAUCCAGGUCGAGCCUCGGCGUCACCAUCUACUGAUCUCUUCAUCACUUUACUUUCACUUGGAUCCAAGGGUUACAAGAAUCUCCUCAAGGAAAGGAAGGAAUUGUUCACAUUUCUGCAUGAGGAACUGGCGAAAGUGGCAGUGAAGUACGGGGAGCGAUUACUGCAUACACCACACAACCCAAUCUCCAUGGCAAUGACAGUAAACAAACAUGAUGUUGAUGACGGUAAAGCUUUGACAGAGCUUGGCUCAAUGCUGUUUACUAGAUGUGUAUCUGGUGCUAGGGUCGUCCCACAAGGUGUCUCAAAGGAGAUUAACGGUCAUCUUUUCCAAGGUUUUGGCUCUCAUUCAAACGCCUACCCGUCUGCGUACAUGACAGCCGCUGCAGCCAUCGGCAUGACAAGAGAGGAUGUGAAUCUCUUCAUCAAGCGGUUGGACAAGACAUUAUCGAAAUGGAAAGGCAGUAAGGUUGUAAACAAUGGACAUUGAUGAAAAUGAAAGUAAAGACAAUGAAAGUGAUUAUUGUGGAGCGGUUUGGUAUAGUGGUCCGGACGCUCACCUUAGGAACAAGGGAUCAUCAGUCGGAAUCCCAGCAGUGGCGUAGUUUCCUUCAGCGAAAAAUCAAUCUACAUCAAGGGAUUGGUACCCGGUAGGAAUAAUUCCUUGAAUGUUCCAACUGCCUUUAUCAGCUGGAGCUAAAGCCAGUGUAAUAUUGUUUGCCAGUACUGAAUAAGCAACAAGGUAAUCAGAGCCCUAUGAAUGCUAUAUAUUAUUAAAACGAUUUGUUGUGAUUGGUCUCAUUGGUGAAUUGCCACGUGGCCCAAAUCAACUUUAAUCUACUCCCUGUUUGGUCUCAUCCAACACGGUCUAAUCCUAGUUCCGCCAUAGGGUCUAAUUUCUAGUUUGGCCCUACCCAUAUUGUC